CUCCUUCAUAUUCCUUUCGAGGGGAAGAAACGCUGUUGUGAUCGACAGAGAAAGCGCAAGACAAACACGAACAUUUGCUGCAGUUUACUUCGGGUUUGACUCUUUGAAUUUUCGUAUUCCGCGAGGCACUCGUGUGAGUUUAUGAAUGAAAAAUUCCCUAACAGCAAAUACGUGGAAGUUUUCUCACGGUUCAUCUACGCACCUGGACCAAAACCUUGUGUUUGUUUCAUCUAGUUUAAACGUGACUCAUUUUUGCCCUCGCUACUUUUGCAAAAACAGACGCGUUGGAAGAAAUCUGUCUGGGUGUCUUGUUUUGAUUCACUUCAGCGUGGGGCAUUUUCUUCGGAGAUCGCUUGUUGUGGAGUAAUGCUUUACAAACCAAAAUAACCCCAAGAAGAAGUCCACUUCAACACAACCCAGUGUUCAGAAAAACAUCCAGAGGUAGCUCUAUGCUGCUGGUGUUGAUGGCCCAGCGCUGCCCACAGCUGUGUGAAUGAGCUGUUUCGGCCCACCCUCUUCGUCCAGCUGCCGUGGCAUGACUUCUCUCAGGAUGAUGAAGUCAUGGCAUUUGCUUCUCCUGUGGGUUGUUCUAGCUCACCUCCCCUUGGCCCACUCACGUCCCGCGGUAACCGAACAAGGUCACGCAGUACCGUCUUCCGAGGAUGAGGACGACGAUGAGUCAUCGUCAGAAGAGAACAAGCCGUCAAGUAGCCAGGAGCUCUUACCGAUGGCACCUCACUGGGCUCAGCCUGAAAAGAUGGAAAAAAAGCUUCAUGCCGUUCCGGCCAGCAGAACGGUGAAAUUCCGAUGUCAAGCCGAGGGAAACCCAACUCCGAAACUACGCUGGCUCAAGAAUGGAAAAGAGUUCAAAAGAGACCAGCGCAUCGGGGGCUACAAGCUGCGGGAACACAUGUGGACCAUAAUCAUGGAGUCUGUGGUGCCCUCAGACAAGGGCAACUACACAUGCCUGGUGGAGAAUGAAUACGGAAGCAUCAAUCACACCUAUCAGCUGGAUGUAGUGGAGCGAUCACCUCACAGGCCCAUCCUCUAUGCUGGUCUCCCUGCAAACCGAACGGCUGUGGUUGGCAGUGACGUAGAGUUUGUAUGCAAGGUUUUCAGCGAUCCCCAGCCUCACAUCCAGUGGCUCAAACACAUAUUGGUGAACGGAAGUCAACGGGGACCUGAUGGACUCCCUUACGUACGCGUCCUAAAGACGGCUGGCCUCAACACCACCGACAAGGAGAUGGAGGUGCUCCAGUUGAGGAAUGUGUCCUUUGAGGAUGCUGGGGAGUAUACUUGCUUGGCGGGCAAUUCUAUCGGGAUCUCCCAUCAUUCAGCAUGGUUGACCGUUGUCAAAGCACCCAUCGCUCCCUCUGCAGUUCCCAGUCAGUCCUACCUGGAGGUGUUGAUCUACUGCGUGGGAUUCUUCCUCAUCUUCCUCAUGGUAGGAAUCGCCACCAUCGUCAAAGUCCGCAGCUCCUCCAAGAAGAGCGACUUCAACAGCCAGCUGGCCGUCCAUAAGCUGGCCAAAAGCAUUCCUCUCCGCAGACAGACGAGACCUCAUGUAGUCCUAGGGGUCAUCUGGAUGAGAGACCACGCUGCAUUGCUGAAUGGAGACCACGUGGGUGAACAGGGGCCAGCUGGAGAUCGGGUUAGUAAAGCCGACAGACUCUGGGCUUUACUCCUGCACUGUCACGCAGUACCGUCUUCCGAGGAUGAGGACGACGAUGAGUCAUCGUCAGAAGAGAACAAGCCGUCAAGUAGCCAGGAGCUCUUACCGAUGGCACCUCACUGGGCUCAGCCUGAAAAGAUGGAAAAAAAGCUUCAUGCCGUUCCGGCCAGCAGAACGGUGAAAUUCCGAUGUCAGGCCGAGGGAAACCCAACUCCGAAACUACGCUGGCUCAAGAAUGGAAAAGAGUUCAAAAGAGACCAGCGCAUCGGGGGCUACAAGCUGCGGGAACACAUGUGGACCAUAAUCAUGGAGUCUGUGGUGCCCUCAGACAAGGGCAACUACACAUGCCUGGUGGAGAAUGAAUACGGAAGCAUCAAUCACACCUAUCAGCUGGAUGUAGUGGAGCGAUCACCUCACAGGCCCAUCCUCUAUGCUGGUCUCCCUGCAAACCGAACGGCUGUGGUUGGCAGUGACGUAGAGUUUGUAUGCAAGGUUUUCAGCGAUCCCCAGCCUCACAUCCAGUGGCUCAAACACAUAUUGGUGAACGGAAGUCAACUGGGACCUGAUGGACUCCCUUACGUACGCGUCCUAAAGACGGCUGGCCUCAACACCACCGACAAGGAGAUGGAGGUGCUCCAGUUGAGGAAUGUGUCCUUUGAGGAUGCUGGGGAGUAUACUUGCUUGGCGGGCAAUUCUAUCGGGAUAUCCCAUCAUUCAGCAUGGUUGACCGUUGUCAAAGCACCCAUCGCUCCCUCUGCAGUUCCCAGUCAGUCCUACCUGGAGGUGUUGAUCUACUGCGUGGGAUUCUUCCUCAUCUUCCUCAUGGUAGGAAUCGCCACCAUCGUCAAAGUCCGCAGCUCCUCCAAGAAGAGCGACUUUAACAGCCAGUUGGCCGUCCAUAAGCUGGCCAAAAGCAUUCCUCUCCGCAGACAGGUGUCGGUGGAAUCCAGUUCGUCUCUGAACUCUGGUGUGAUGUUGGUCCGUCCUUCACGACUCUCCUCCAGCGGGACCCCCAUGCUCUCAGGGGUCUCUGAGUACGAGCUGCCCCAGGACCCGUGCUGGGAGGUGCCCCGAGAGAGGCUAGUACUUGGGAAACCUCUGGGAGAGGGCUGCUUUGGUCUGGUGGUUAUGGGUGAAGCCAUUGGAGUGGACAAGGACAAGCCCAACCGAAUAACUAAAGUCGCUGUGAAGAUGCUGAAAUCUGACGCCACUGAGAAGGACCUGUCGGACCUCAUCUCAGAGAUGGAGAUGAUGAAGAUGAUUGGAAAACACAAGAACAUCAUCAACCUGCUCGGAGCUUGUACCCAGGAUGGCCCUCUUUAUGUCAUUGUGGAAUACGCAUCUAAAGGAAACCUGCGGGAAUACCUGCGUGCCCGCCGACCGCUUGGCAUGGAGUACUGUUACAAUCCUGACCAGGUUUCUGUCGAGAGCAUGUCUAUUAAAGACUUGGUCUCCUGUGCCUACCAGGUGGCUCGUGGCAUGGAGUACCUGGCAUCCAAAAAGUGUAUCCAUAGAGACUUGGCAGCACGCAAUGUACUUGUAACAGAGGAUAAUGUAAUGAAGAUAGCAGACUUUGGUCUGGCCCGGGACGUUCAUCACAUAGAUUACUACAAGAAGACUACAAAUGGCCGGCUGCCCGUCAAAUGGAUGGCACCUGAGGCUUUGUUUGACAGGAUUUACACACAUCAAAGUGACGUGUGGUCUUUCGGGGUCCUUCUGUGGGAGAUCUUCACUCUGGGCGGCUCGCCGUAUCCCGGAGUCCCUGUGGAAGAGCUCUUCAAGCUCCUGCGAGAAGGUCAUCGCAUGGACAGACCCUCAGCCUGCACUCAGGAGCUAUACCUGAUGAUGAAAGACUGCUGGCAUGCGGUUCCCACGCAUAGGCCAACUUUUAAACAGCUGGUAGAAGACCUAGAUCGCACCCUGUCCAUGAUGUCCAAUCAGGAGUAUCUGGACCUCUGUGUGCCCCUGGAGCCCAUGUACUCUCAGGUCAUCCUAAACGAACGAAGUUCCACCUGCUCCUCCGAGCCGGACUCUGUCUUCUUGAGAGAGUCUGAACCUGAAGAGCCAUGCAUCCCCCCAAUAGUUCCCCCACAACAAACUGUUCGGUCCUUCAAAAAACGCUGA